AUGCCGUCGAAGCAGAGAAAAAUAGCUAUGAUGGGCUACCGAUCUGUCGGUAAAUCUUCUCUAAUUAUACAAUUCGUAGAAGGCCAGUUUGUAGAUUCUUAUGAUCCUACGAUUGAAAACACUUUUACAAAAUUUAUUCGGUUGAAUUCGACGGAGUAUGAAGUGAAGUUAGUGGACACGGCGGGCCAGGACGAGUAUAGCAUAUUCCCACUGCAGUACAGUAUGGACUUCCAUGGAUAUGUACUUGUAUACUCCAUCACCUCUAGCAAAAGUUUCCAAAUAGUUCAAAUCAUUUAUGAUAAGCUCCUUGAUAUGGUGGGAAAGAUACAUGUCCCUAUAGUACUAGUUGGUAAUAAAACAGAUCUACAUUUUGAAAGGAAAAUAAGUACAGAGGAAGGAAAAAGACUGGCUGAAAAAUGGAAGGCAGCAUUUGUAGAAACCAGUGCUAAAAGGAAUGAGUCUGUAACAGAUAUGUUCCACGCUAUACUAUCAGAAAUAGAACGAUCAGAUGGCCACAUACAAGAGAAGAAUGGAUGUGUGGUGUCUUAAUGAUGUACAUUCGUUUAUGAACAAAGUUCUUUUGAAUUAAGCUAAAGUGAUAAUAUAUAAUGUCUAUGCACUGCUAUUGUUGCAAUGAUUAAAAGGGUUAUUUAGGGAUAUCAAUUGCGUUUGUCCCUGUAAGUGAUUAUGUACAUGCUAUACUUUUCCUUGUUGCUGUUUGUACUGAACAUUUGUACGAUGUUUAAACAGAUAAAAAUGGGUCACUGUACAUAUUUUUAAAUGAUAUUAUUUAAAAAGGUUCAUUACAUUAACAUUAUUUAAGAGAAAAUCAAAUUAAAUAAUUUUUGAGUUUACACUGUUUACACAGAUUCCACCUCUAUCUAUUUAAUGGUACCAUAAAGUAGUUACUACUAAUCAAUUGUAUAUCUUUA